GUAUAUUACUUUAUGUUGACAAUUGCGACAGAAAAUGAAUAUUCUAUGUUCUCAUCAAGAAAUUUAAUACAGUGAUUCUAAGAGGUUACAGAAUGCCGACGUGAAACGUGAAAGCAUAUGAUUUAUAGUAUAACUCUGGACAAAGAAUAGAAUACUAAUAAUUUUUUUUCUCCAUAAAUAUUAAUAAUGGCGAGCAAUAAAAAAUAUGGUCUUAUAUUGCCAGACAAAACACCACAACUGACUUUUCAAGCAUCGAGAAAUGUUUUUGGUAAUGAUUCUGACUCUGAAGAGGAAGGAAAAAAACCAGUAUUGUUUAAGCCCAAUGAGAGCCGUAACAGACAGGCAAAAAUUUCUCAAGAGAAGGCAAUGCUGGAGGAUCCUACAGUGUACCAGUAUGAUGAGAUAUAUGAUGAGGUAAUAAAUAAAAAAGAGAAAGAAAUGUCUAAAAAGAAGGUAGAGAAAAAGCCUAUGUAUAUAGAAAAUUUAAUUAUAUCAGCAAACAAAAGAAAAAUAGAAAAUGAAAGAAGAAUUGAAAGACAGAUACAAAAGGAAAGAGAAAAGGAAGGUGACGAAUUUAAAGACAAAGAGAUAUUUGUUACAUCAGCCUAUAAAAAGAAAUUGGAGGAAAUGAAAUUAGAAGAAGAAAAAGAGAAACGUGAAGAAUAUUUAGAAAGCAUAGGAGAUGUGACUAAACAAAAAGACUUAGGAGGUUUCUAUCGCCAUCUGUACGAACAAAAAUUAGGAAAGGAUGAAAACCCUACCGCGAAAAAGGAGACAAAUAUUUGUACAGAUCGGAAAGAGAAUAUUUCAACCACUGAGAAAAUCGAUAAGUGUGAGGAUCUCGACAAAUCGAAGAAAAGAAAUUACCGAAAGAGAAAAACUUCACUGGAAAAUAAAGGUUAUUUAUCUGAUGGGGAGUUAGAGGACUCAGAUGAAGAAAUUAAUAGAUUAAAUCUUGAUGACAUUAGAAUGGCGAAAAAGCAUAAAAAGAAUGAUGAAAAUAUUGAUGCGGACUCUGACUUUUCAAUUGAUGAGUCAAGUGAUGAUGAAGCUGAUAAGAAAAUCGAUGUCAAUGUAAAUCAGAAUGAAAAUGAAGAGGAGUUUAAGAAACCCCCAAUUCCAGAUAAUAGUAAAAAAUCGACAACUGAUUCGGAUAUUAAAGAUGUUAAAAUCUUUGAAACACAAAUUACUGAAGUGAAAGAGAAACCUAAAAUUGACAUUUGGAAAAAGCGGACAGUAGGUGUUGUAUUUGAGGAAGCUCUUAAAAGAUAUUAUGAGAGAAAGGCGGCUAGGGGACGUUGAAUGACUAAUAAUAAAUUAUAGAAAUUA